AUUCAUGGAGAAUCUCCUGAAUCCAGCUGUGUGUCCAUGAAGAGUGACGGGUCAAUGGAUCAUCCACUUAAAUUCAGUUCAGGAGCCCCUUGUGCUGAUGUGAGUGUCAUUCAUGGAGAAUCUCCUGAACCCAGCUGUGUGUCCAUGAAGAGUGACCGGUCAAUGCGUCAACCAAUUAAAUUCAGUUCAGGAGAGUCUUUGAUCAACUACAGAAACAAACAGAAUGCAUCAGAGUCAACUGCUGGGAAAGUGCCAUUGGACUCCAUUUUUGAGGACCUUGAGCACAAAAUCAUCUCUCUGAUGAAGAAAGAGCUGAAGAGUAUCAAGAGACUACUGAUCUCAGAUUCCCCAGCAUGCUCUGAGAGAGAGGAGGAGGAUGAUGAAGGUCAGAGCAGAGUCAGAGAGGGGUUUCUGAAGAUCACACUGCAUGUCCUGAAGAAGAUGAAGCAGACAGACCUCGCUAACACACUUCAAACCAAACUGAUUUCUGUGCAUCAACAAAAACUCAAAACAAAACUAAAAGAGAAAUUCCAGAGAAUUACUGAAGGAAUGUCAAAUCAAAGCAGCUCAACACUUGUGAAUGAGAUCUACACAGAGCUGUACAUCACAGAGGGAGGGAGUGCAGAGAUCAAUAAUGAACAUGAGGUGAGACAGAUUGAGACAGCAUCCAGGAGAGCAGAGACACAGGAAACACCAAUCAAAUGCAAUGACAUCUUUAAAGCCUUACCUGGACAAGACAAAGCCAUCAGAACUGUGCUGACUAAAGGAGUUGCUGGAAUUGGGAAAACUGUCUCUGUGCAGAAGUUCAUUGUGGACUGGACUGAAGGAAAAGCAAAUCAGGAUGUUCACUUCAUAUUUCCACUUCCUUUCAGAGAGCUCAAUCUGAUGAAGCACAAAAAUAUCAGUCUUAUGGAUCUUCUUCAUCAGUUUUUCACAGAUACAAAAGAACUGAGAGAAUUGAAAACAUUCCUUGAUGACUACAAAGUCAUUUUCAUUUUUGAUGGUCUGGAUGAGUGUCGACUUCCUCUAGAUUUCCAGAACAAUGAUAUUUUGUGUGAUGUGACAGAAUCAGCCUCAGUGGAUGUGCUGCUGACCAACCUCAUCAAGGGGAAUCUGCUUCCUUCUGCUCUGCUCUGGAUCACCUCUCGACCAGCAGCAGCCAAUCAGAUUCCUCCUGAGUGUGUUGACCAGCUCACAGAUGUACUGAGGCUUCAAUGACCCUCAGAAGGACGAGUAUUUCAG